CUUUUACUCCGCCGGGGCAUCUUUUUCUCUCCUACAACUGCCCAUCAUCUACAUGCCUUGAGAACUAUUCCCCUCAUUCCUUAUUAUUGUCAGAAGUGGUGGCUCUCAACCAUCAAUGGACCUCUCGUGCGCUCGUUAAUCCCACCCAUUCACUGUCCGAUAGCGGACCCCGACAGACCUUCACGAAUUUUUGAUCCUCGGUCCAACGCAGCCGAAUUCCAAUUGACACUCCUACACAGCCUUGAACAGACGAAGCAACAAUACCGGAUUCUGCGACACACGAGCACUGCACUGUCGACAAUGUCGUCGACGUCCGCACCGCUGCCGACCUCAACAUCCGGUAUACCAGACCAACGUUCUUCCGGGAACAUGACCGAGGCCGAUACACCAAAGCACAGUCCGCCAAAGCCCCAAAGUUCGAAGCAUGACUAUAAAGGCUUUGUAGCAGGAGUCUUUUCCGGAAUUGCCAAAUUAAGUGUUGGCCAUCCGUUCGACACAAUCAAGGUGCGCUUACAGACGAGCCAUGAUGGGCAUUUCCGGGGUCCAUUGGACUGCGUGCUACAAACAGUCCGCAAGGAGGGUGUUAGUGGGUUUUAUAAGGGAGCCACUCCGCCGCUGGUCGGUUGGAUGGUCAUGGACUCUGUUAUGCUGGGUUCCCUAACCUUGUAUCGCCGACUGUUACUGGAAAACGUGUUUUCAAAACCGGAGAUUCGUGCAAGCAUGCCGUUCAUUGGCAAGCAGACGGAUCUUCACACGCUCCCUAGCUUCGGUCACGGUAUUGCAGGCAUUAUGGCCGGAACGACAGUCAGUUUCAUUGCCGCACCGGUGGAACACGUCAAGGCGCGUCUUCAGAUCCAGUACUCUGCGGAUAAAUACAAACGUCUGUACAGUGGACCUAUAGAUUGCGUUCGCAAGAUGCUUCGCACCCACGGCAUUGCUGGAUUAUAUCGUGGACUUUGCGCGACCAUGGUAUUUCGGUCGUUCUUCUUCUUCUGGUGGGGUUCCUACGACGUCCUGACCCGGUUGAUGAAGGAGAAGACCAGCAUGUCUGCCCCUGCCAUCAACUUCUGGGCCGGGGGGAUUUCCGCGCAAAUUUUCUGGAUCACGUCGUAUCCGUCUGAUGUGGUGAAGCAACGCCUCAUGACGGACCCGAUGGGAGGCGCACUGGGCGACGGGCAGCGCAAGUUCCAGUGGUGGAAGGAUGCUGCAGUGGCAGUCUAUCGGGAACGAGGGUGGAGAGGAUACUGGCGAGGAUUUGUGCCAUGCUUCUUACGAGCAUUCCCGGCGAAUGCUAUGGCUUUGGUUGCAUUUGAGGGUGUGAUGCGGUGGCUGCCAUUGCAAACGGCUACGAUGGCCGUCGCACGCUCGAUGCGUCGCACAAGCCCCAUUACAGUCUUCCUGGCUGCCCUGCUAGCUUUCGGAUUCCUUUGCUUCUUACUGUCCCCUUCCUCGUCCGCCGCCGCCGCUCCUGUCACCGAUUCCUCCUCGCAACUACGACGAGAAGAUGCCGCCGAACAUCCCCUUUCUCCUCCGACGAAACCUUUCCUCAAAUCUCAAGCCGUCCGUCAAGAUGGCCAGAAAGCACCCCCGCCCGUGAUGCACUACAACCUCAACGAGCUCAGCAGCACCAGCGAAUCCAUCAAGAAAGGGGAACGGGUGCUGAUUUUGACCCCAUUGGCCCGCUUCUACCAAGAAUUCUGGGAUAAUGUCGUGAAAUUGAGCUACCCACACGAGCUGAUUUCGAUCGGAUUCAUCGUCCCCAAAACCAAGGAUGGUGAUGCCGCUGUCACCGCGCUGGAACAGGCCAUCAGCGAGACUCAGUCCGGUCCGGUUGACAGCCGCUUCGCCAGCAUCAGCAUCCUCCGUCAGGACUUCGACCCGCCCAUUCAAUCGCAGGACGAGAAAGAGCGCCACAAAAUGUCCAACCAGAAAGCCCGUCGUGAGUCCAUGAGUCGCGCCCGCAACAGCCUCCUCUUCACCACCCUCGGUCCCAGCACCUCCUGGGUACUCUGGCUCGACUCCGACAUUGUCGAGACCCCGGCCAGCCUUAUCCAAGACCUGACUUCCCACAACCGACCCGUGAUCGUUCCGAACUGCUUCCAGCGCUACUAUAACAAGGAUACCAAGAAGAUGGACGUCCGCCCUUACGACUUCAACUCGUGGAUCGACAGUUCGACCGCCGAAGAGCUGGCGGGAAUGAUGGGACCAGAUGAGAUCCUCCUCGAGGGAUACGCCGAGAUGCCCACCUACCGCACCCUGAUGGCCUACAUGGCAAAUACCGGGGCGCCCCGUCCUAGCCGCGAAAUGGAACUUGACGGCGUCGGUGGAACCGCACUCCUUGUUAAGGCGGAUGUGCAUCGCGACGGCGCCAUGUUCCCCGCCUUCCCAUUCUAUCACCUCGUCGAGACGGAGGGCUUCGCUAAGAUGGCGAAGCGACUGGGAUAUUCUGUCUACGGCUUGCCUGAUUACUUUGUGUAUCACUAUAACGAGUGAUGCGAUAGAUUCCAAUUACGAGAUGAGUUCACAUGAAGCGAACACCAAACAAUAGACCGGAAUGAAAGAAUGUAUUUUGCUUUACUUUACUUUGCUUUGAUUAGACUAUACUAGUUAACGAUCCACGUCUACUCAUCUACAUCUACCCGAGGAGUUAGUUUCAUGUUACGUCCGCGCGCUGGGCGCUUAGUGGUUCUGGUGUUUCUGGCUGAGUAGCUGUCUCACAACUACUACUACUACUACUAUAUAUAUAGUUCCUUAGGUUUCAUAUCUAUUUGCUAUACAC